AUUUAUUUUGAAUUCAUUCAAUUUAUUCUAUAAUAAUUCUCGACCGGACCAUCGACAAAUUCAAGCAUCAAUCGUAAAAUUACUUUUUUUUGAUAUCGUUUCUUUUCCAACACUCUGCUAAUUCCGUAUCAUAAACGCCAUUUAACCUUUGACUAAAUAAUCGUAUUGAUUCUGAUAAGGAACAUUGAUAUAAGCUUUUUCAGUCUAAAAAAGUGGAAAUCAGGCACAACAUCUAUUAUUUUUGGAUACAAAUUUUAGUCGUCCACCGCCGAUCAACCAAUUUGCAUUAAUCCCAAAAAAAUGGUAAAUAUGUCUGAACCAAUUCGUGUCGUUGUAACUGGAGCCGCCGGUCAAAUCGCUUAUUCUUUGCUAUACAUGGUUGCGAAAGGCGAUGUGUUCGGUCCAGAGCAACCAUUAAUUUUGCAUUUAUUGGACAUUCCUCCAAUGAUGGGUGUUUUGGAAGGCGUUGUAAUGGAACUUGCAGACUGUGCACUACCAUUACUCCGACAGGUUGUACCCACUGCUGAUCCAGCUGUUGCUUUCAAAGACGUUUCUGCGGCAUUCCUAGUUGGUAGUAUGCCGCGCAAAGAAGGCAUGGAACGCAAAGAGUUGCUUUCGGCCAAUGUGAAAAUAUUCAAAGUGCAAGGUGAAGCUUUGGACAAACAUGCAAAGAAAGACGUGAAAGUAUUGGUUGUGGGCAAUCCGGCGAAUACGAAUGCGUUCGUCUGUUCGCACUAUGCACCAUCAAUUCCACGCGAAAACUUUACGGCUAUGACUCGAUUGGAUCAAAAUCGGGCUCGUGCACACAUUGCUGUUAAGGUGAAUGUUCCGGUGGAAGAUGUUAAAAAUGUGACCAUUUGGGGCAAUCAUUCAGCCACACAGUUUCCAGAUGUAAAACACGCUACCGCGAAAAUUGGCUUAGUCGAAAAGUCAGUAUACGAUGCAAUCAACAAUCAAUCUUAUUUGGAAAAUGAAUUCGUUUCAAUCAUCCAGAAGCGUGGAGCCGCAGUAAUUGCCGCAAGGAAAAUGUCAUCGGCCAUGUCGGCUGCUAAGGCUGCAAGUGAUCAUAUGAAGGAUUGGUGGAACGGUACGGCUCCCGGAAACUAUGUUUCAAUGGGCGUUGUAUCAGACGGCAGCUAUGGAGUGCCAAAAGAUAUUGUCUUUUCAUUUCCGGUCGAAAUUAAAAACAAGGAAUGGUCCAUUGUUCAGGGCUUGGAUGUGAGUGCAUUCGCAAGAUCGAAGUUGGACGUCACAGCCCAAGAAUUACUGGAAGAAAAAGAGGAAGCAAUGGCUGUGUGCUCAGCAGAUUGACUAGAUAAAUCAAGCAAAUUGUAAUUUCUUUUUCUUUUUCUUUUUCGAUUCAAUGUGUUGACAAUAUAGUGACUUUUCCAUAGAAAAAUCGAAAUAACGCAGGUAGUUUACACAAUAAAAAGGAUUCCAGUUUGUUUGAAAAUUUAGUUUGCCCGCAAAUUCACAAAUUUAUUUCUCUUGAAUUUGUAAAUUUUUUUUUCUCGUUUAUUUGAUAAAUAUUGGGCGAGGUUAAUCAUAAUUUGGAUAAUGCUUGGCAUUAACAUACAGAGAUUUUUAUCAUUCGUUUAAAUAAAAGUAAAUAUUGCAUUUAAAAA